AUGUAUAAUAUCCUUAACUUAAAUGAUGAAUAUAAUUUACAAAAUGAAUUCAUUAAAAUCAGAAAAUUAUUUGUAAAUAUAUUUACAUUUGAAUUAUAUUAUGUGGAAUAUUUAAAAUUAAAAAAUAUAUUUUUAGAGUUACUAAAAAAUGAAAAUAUAUCAAAGUCAAGUAAAGAAUCAAAAAGUGUCAAGAGAAUUCUCAGCUUAUAUAAAAAAGAAUAUUGUUUAAAAAAAAAUGAUGAUAUAUUUGAAUUAAAAAAAAAUAUAUGCUUUAUAGAGAAAGAAAUUUUAAAUAGAUUAUUUCAAAAUAUAACUAUUAAAAAUUCCAAUUUCAUUAUAAAACAGAAAUUUGCCUAUCUUUAUAACCUAUUCAGAAAUUUUUAUUUUCUUUUAGUCAAAGGAAAAGGAAAUACUUAUAGGAAAAAAAGAUUUUUUUUGUGUAAUUUCUAUAUUAAAAAAUUCAGCAUACUUUUAAAUUAUCUUAUAAAUGUUAAUAAGAAAAAUAUUUAUUACGAAUAUAUAAAAAAACAGUUACAAAAAUACUCAAAUACGAAAGAAAAGACAAAAAAAAAAAAAAAAAAUGGACAUUGUAUUUAUGUAUAUAAAUCUACCAACCCUUACAAAAGUGAUAAGAAUAAUUCUAAGAAAAAUAAAAUAAAUAAAAUAAAUAAAAUAAAUCAUUUGAAUAUCAUUAAUUAUACUUAUAAAAUGAGUUCAUAUAAUUAUUGCAUUGAUAGAAAAAGAAACAAAUAUUAUAACUUAAGUUCAAACUUUAUUAAUAAAUUAAAAAUUGAUAUAAGUAAUGUAAAGUAUGUUAUUAAAAAAGCUGUGUAUAAUGAUUUUUACUUUAACGUGUUAAACUGUAUUUUUUACUCUUUCAUAAACAGAAGUAUUUAUUUUAUUUCUAAUUCAUUGUAUUCUUUAUACUCUUUAGAAAGAACUGAGAAUAAUGAGAAAACUACAAUAAAAUAUAAUAACAAGUCUCCUUUAAAUAAAUUAAAACGUUUAAAUAGUUUGUUUACAUCUGUUAAAAUACUCUUUAUUUCUUCUAAUAUGUAUCAAAAAUACGUUAAAAAUGAGUUAUUUUUUGAUGAAUUAUUUCUAUUUAAACAUAUAAGAAUUUUACUAAAAGAAAACAUAGAAAAACUUUUGUUUAUAACCAUAGUAAAUAUUAACAGACUAUAUAUUCAAUUAUCAUUUAAAUACUUAUUCAAUUUAUUUCUUUUUUAUUUCAUUUUUUUGGAUAUAAAUUUUUUCUGUUCUUUUUUUUUAGUACAUAAUGAAAAUAACUUAACAAAUAAAGAAAUAAGAUUUUGUAAAUAUUUGACAGAAGUCAAUGAAAAUAAAAAUUGUAAAAAAUAUCAUAAAAAGGAAAAUAAUUAUGAAAAGGAAAAUCAUAAUAAUUAUAGAAGUAAUAAUAAUAAUUAUAGAAGUAAUAAUAAUAAUAAUAAUAGAAGUAAUUAUAAUAAUAAUAAUAAGGAAGAAUUUUAUACUUUGUGUUUUUUUUGUUCUUUCAAUAAAUUAAAAAAAGAAAAUUUAAAUGUAAUAGAAAAAAAAAAAUAUUUUAUCUUUAUUAUCAUAUGUAUUCUGAGAUGUAACUAUACAACUAAAAUUAAAUAUCAAGAUUCUCUUUUUAGUUAUUUUUUUAACAAUUUUGUGAACAAAUUUUUUUAUUUUGAAAAUUUUCAAAUUGUAAAUAAACAUUUUAAUAAAAAACCAGAAAAUGAAGUUGAUCACUCAUAUAAAAAUUGUUAUUACAACAAUAAAAACAAAAUUAAAAAGAAUUUUAAUAUUUUCUUUAAUAAAUUGAAUAAAAAAAAUGCAUAUUUAAAAUCUUUUUAUAAUAUUAUAUAUAGAGAAGAAUUAACUAUUUAUAAUUCACACAGAAAAAGAGAAUAUACAUAUUCAAAAGUUAAUAAAUCAAAUAUACAAAACAAUUCGAAUAAGAAAAAUACUAAGAAAAAAAAUAAUCUAUCAAAUAAUAUACAUAUUUUAUCACCUAAAAAUGAUGUAAAUAAUAUAAUAUUCUCUCAUAUUAGUAAUACCACUUAUACAGAAGAUAUAAAUAUUUUUUAUUAUUUAACUUCUACAAGUUAUAAAAAUAAGAUAAUAGAAAACAUUCAUGUAAGCAAUAAAAGUACAUCUGACAAAAAAUUAAAUGAAGAAAACAAUUUACACCAUAAUUUUUAUCCCUUAAAAAAGGAAAAUAAAAUAAAAAAUAUAAGCAGAACUGAAGAAAAAAAUGGGUGUAAUAAUAAUUUAUAUUACUAUAUUAAUGAAAAAAUGAAAACAUUUUUUGAAAAUUUAAAAAUAUUAUUAUUUCCUUUAUUAAACAAGUUGUAUAACAAAAGUAUAUUUUAUUUAAACUUGCAUAUUUAUCUAUUUAUUGUAUAUUCGUCUUUUUUAUUGGAUAAAAUGAAAAAAGAAAACAUUUUGAAAAUAAAAGAAAUUACUUUAACUAAAAAAAGGAAAACAUUUUUAAAUAAUAUUAUUAAUGAAUUAUGUAUAUAUAAAUAUUUCGAUUUUUUAAAUCUAUUAUGUAACAAUAAGUAUAUCAUUUUAAAAAAAUUAAAAAAUAAAAAAAUUUUUCUAUAUUUAAAGAGUAAUUUAAAAAAUUUUAAUAAGUGGCAUAUAAUGUUAGUAUACAGAAUAGAAAAUUUUAUAAAUGUAUAUAGGUAUAAAUUGAAAGGAACUCUUGAAAAGAAUUUUUUUCUAUUAGAAAAUAAGAAGGUAGAUAAUAGAAAAUAUAAAAAUAUAUAUGUAAUUAAUUAUAUAUGUUAUUUAAAAAAAGGAAAAAAUACUUCCAUAGAAAAUAGAAAAAAUAAAUUGAUAACAAAAAGAAAAAAAAAUUUCAUAAAAAUAAAUAAAAAUAAUUGCUUAGAAAAAUAUAUAAGCUUGUUAUACAGAAGCAUAAGAAUAUUUCACAAUAUUUAUAUAAAUAUUAGUGAAGAUCAUUUUUACAUUCAAACAAAAAAAGAUUUUAUCAUUUUUAAUCUGAAAAGUAAAAUAAAUAAUCAUGAGAUUCGAGAUAUAUAUUAUGAAUUUAAAGGAAAAAAAUAUUAUGUUUUUGAAAAUUUAUAUAUUUUAAAAAAAACCUAUAAAAUACAUUAUAUAAAUUUAUGUGUGUUAUUUUAUAGAUAUUGUUUUUUUUUUUAUAAAUAUAAUCCACUCAUUUUUUCCUUUUUGUUUAAUAAUAUUUAUUGUAUUUGUAUAAAAUGUCUAAAUAAAUAUUUAAUUAUAAAAUAUUCUGCUAGAAACAAUAUUGAGAAAGAAGAACAUGAUUGUUUUUACAAACAAAAUGGAAUUUUAAUUAAAAAUAGAAAUAACAUUUUUAUAAAAACUUUUUAUUAUUUGGUAUUUUUUUUAAUUGUACGUUAUCAUACAUUUAUAGGAAAUAUAAAUCAUUCUGGUUCUCAAAACUGUAUACCUAAACGAAUAAUGAAUAUUUUAGAAAAAGAAUUGAAAAUAAAAAGAGAAUGUUUUUCUUCUCCAUUUAAUGCUGUUUUAAAAAAAUAUUGCUCCUUUUUUAAUGAUAUUGAUAUAUUUUUUGGAAGUUCAGGUAACUUCUUUGAAUUUAAUUUACACAGCGGAACUUAUGAAGUUAAUCCUCCUUUUGAUAUUUUUUUAAUUAAUAAAUUAAUAAUAUACAUUUUACACAACUUGAAAAAAGAAUUAUACGAAUUAACUUUUUUUUUAAUCAUUCCUUUCAUUAAAGAUAAAAAUUAUUUUUAUGAAUUAUUAUUUUCGUCUCCAUAUGUAUCCUAUUACUUUUUCUUACAAGGGAAUUCAUACACUUUUUCAACAAGACUGUUUGACAAAAGAGAAAAAGAGUAUAUUUCAACUUGUGAUUGUUUUGUAUUCAUUUUGCAAAAUAAUAGAGCUAGAACUCAAAAAAAAAUUCAUAAAAAUGUUUUAUUAAAAAUUAAAAAUUUAUGGAAAACUUAA